AUGUUUAGUUCCGCGUUAAAAUCCUUCAGUUCGAAUAUAAACUCGAAUUAUUCAGUGUCAUCCACUCCUAGUUCAUACUCGGGGCCAUGGAAAAUAUACGAUGCGAAGAAGAAAUCGACAGGAAAGACUGCGUCAAUCUUUAUCCUCGAUCGCAAAUCCUUAGAUGCACAUGCAGGAUCCUUGGGACGGUCAAGUGCGUCGUCGAUGAAGCGCGCGACCGAGGACGUAAUUGAAAGGUUAAAGAAAGAGGCUUCGUCGUUAGCAAGGCUGCGGCAUCCUAGUAUUCUGGAGUUAGUAGAGCCAGUGGAAGAAAUAAGGGGCGGAGGGCUACAAUUUGCGACCGAGACUGUUACGGCAUCAUUAUCUGGCCUGUUGCAGGAAAAGGAUGAACAAGAAAGGGCUGGUGGUGUUGGCGGACGCACAAGUCGAUAUGUUACUGAGGAUUCGGAAGGUGGCAGGAGGAGGAGAGAAGUUGAAAUAGAUGAAUUGGAAAUACAAAAGGGUCUCUUGCAGAUCAGCAAAGCAUUGGAAUUUUUACAUGAUAAUGCUGGUCUCGUACAUGGAAACCUAACGCCUGAUGCUGUGUUUGUGAAUGCCAAGUCCGAUUGGAAAAUCAGUGGACUUAGCUUUUCAACUCCACCAGACAAUUCGACGAAAGCAUCUUCGGUGCAGCCCAUCAACCUUUCCGAGGUUCUCAAUAUUGAUCCUCGACUACCGCGUUCUGUCCAAAUCAACCUCGACUAUUGUUCUCCAGAUUUUGUCUUAGAUUCAAAUCUAAAUGUUGGGGCAGAUAUGUUCUCGCUGGGUCUUCUCGUUGUCGCUCUUUAUAACUCGCCCCAUACUUCACCACUAGAGUCUAACAACAGCGUUUCUGGCUACAAACGGUUGUUUACUUCGUCUUCUACGAUACCUUCAUCUAGCAAUAGCUUCUUAUGUAAGAAGCCAUUGCCGAGAGAUAUGGUUGGAGGGGUGCUACCGCGAUUGAUAACCAGACGUCCAGCGCAACGCAUGACCGCAAAGGAGUUUCAGCAAAGUGCCUACUUUGAUAACAUUCUAAUAUCUACCAUUCGAUUUCUGGACGCUCUACCCACGAAGACACCGAACGAGAAAGCGCAAUUUAUGCGUGGUUUAUCGAGAGUAUUGCCCUCGUUUCCAAAAAGCGUUAUGGAGAAAAAGGUUUUACCGGCUUUAUUGGAGGAAAUGAAGGACCGGGAACUGAUCUCAUUAAUUUUACACAACGUUUUCAAGAUCAUCGAAUUAUUGCCUUCUGGAAGGCGGCCAUUCACGGAAAAGAUUAUGCCUAAACUGAAAGAGAUAUUCUUGAACAACCCGAAGCCUCCUACUGAACGUGAUGCUACAAAGGAGGCUGGGUUGAUGGUAUUACUUGAGCAUAUCAAAGUAAUAUCUGACAACUGUUCGGGCAAAGAGUUUAAAGAUGAUAUCCUCCCGAUUGUAGCAAUCUCAAUUGACUCACCUACACAUGCACUUGUAGAUGCCGCAUUACGAAGUUUAAAUGUUGUUCUACCUGUCCUCGAUUUUUCUACCAUCAAAAAUGAACUCUUUCCAGUGAUUGCCUCAGUGUUCACUAAGACUAGUAGUCUGGGAAUCAAAGUUCGAGGUCUGGAGGCUUUUGUAGUUCUUUGUGGUGGCUCCAAUGAUCCAGCCUCCAAAAAUGAUGGUCUCGAUGGCAUUGGCGGUGCUAAGAAGAACACAUCAACACCUCUUGAUAAAUAUACGAUGCAGGAGAAGAUUGUCCCACUGGUUCGGGCAAUCAAAACGAAAGAACCUGCUGUUGCAGUCGCUGCGCUUAAUGUCCUUAGGCAGAUAGGAGCCAUAGCCGAUGCAGAAUUUGUUGCCAUGGAUAUUCUCCCAAUAUUAUGGAAUAUGAGUUUGGGACCACUACUGAAUUUACAGCAAUUUCAAUCUUUUAUGGAACUUAUCAAAAGCUUAUCUGUUCGCGUCGAGUCUGAGCAAACAAAGAAACUACAAGAGCUAUCUGGAAUCAAUGGUGCAAGGGCAAAUGGGACCGAUGAUUUCAUGUCGUUUGGCGCCGCCUCAGCAUUUCCAUCGGCGGUUGGAUCUGAUGACCCGGAGAUGGACUUUGAACUUUUAGUUAAAGGCGAUACCGCGGCACCAUCAUCAAGCAAUCCCUUAGACACCGGCUGGGAUGCCAAUCCUACAAGUAACCGAGCCCAGCAACCCCAAUCAUUACAGCCAAAACCAGCUUCUUUCGCAUGGUCUACUCCAUCACCGACAGCGCCCUCAUAUCCCUCUAACUCUAUUAAUAAUGUUCUCCGUCCCCAACAAAACACCGCUUCACGCACAGUUACACCCGACUUGUCCAGCUUUGGCGCUUUAACACCAUCGGCUACCCAAUUUUCACAACCGCUUCAACCUCAAUCUAAUUACUCAAACCCAAUACAACCCCAAUCAGCAUUCUCGCAACCUCAGUCCUCCUCCUUCUCUCACCCACAAUCCGCCUUCCCCCCACCCAAACCCCCCACCUCCACCUCCAACUCCACCAUAAACUGGGGCACCACCGUCUCAGCCUCAGCCUCAACCUCAUCCUCAACCCCCAAUCCCUGGAAUUCUACACCCACACCCACCCCCACCACCUCGUCCCUCUCACCCAUCUCAGCACCCCCUCUAAACCACUCUCUAUCCGCCAUUUCUCCAAUGAGUAACUCUAUGUCUUCACUCUCUAUGAAUAUGAAUCAAGCACAAGCGCGGCCUGCGUUGAUUAGUUCGCAGAGCACAAAUUCGAAUUCUUUUUCGAGUUUUUCGUUGCCGCCGCCGCCUAGUGCUGGGGCUGGUGGGGGAGGAAGUAAUUAUAGUGCGUUUGGGGGUAUGGGUGGUGGGGGACAAGGAAUGGGAUUGGGAGGGAUGGGUGGAACGAGGAUGGGAAUGGGAAUGGGACAGCAAAGACCGGUUAUACAGCAGCCGCCACAGCAGUCCCAACAUCAACAGCAACAGCAAAAGAAAAGUGGCCUAGAUGCUUUUGAAAGUUUAUUAUGA